AUGAGUUCCUUCUCUACCACCGGCCUCCUUUUCUUCUGUGCCUUGUUGGGCUCAGCCUUUUCCUAUAAAUGCAUCUCUUGUAUAUCGAAAAACUCCACCGAGUGUGAAGAGUCUGUGAUCGACUGCGUUGGAUCUCGGUGUAUGACCGGCUCAGAAUACUAUCACAAUGGUGACCAGACAUACAACAUAAUCUUUAAAGGAUGCGCCAAUGAAUCUCUGUGCGACGCUGUCGGCUCAGUUACUCAGGAUCCAGAUGUUAAAAUCAGAACUUACGCAAAAUGCUGCUCCGGGGACAACUGCAACAACGACAAAUUCCAGCUCCCUGAAGAAGAUUCAACACCAAAUGGUGUAAAAUGUCCCAGCUCCUACUGCAAAGGCACCACAGAGGAAUGUAAGAGCGACAAGGAGAUCGAGUGCACUGGAUCCGAGAAACAAUGUUAUGACUAUAGAGGAAGAAUCAUGAAUCCAGAUGGCAGCGUGGACGACUACUCCUCGAAGGGAUGCAUUAACAAACCGGGAUGUAUGCAUAAUUUCAAUUGUCUGAUAAAAGUGGAGGAGAUAAAGAGGACACUGCUGAAAUGCUAAACGGAUCCGCUUGAAGCCAU